AUGGUAGGAGUGCCACACAGCAAAGGCUGCUCUCUAUGUCGGGAGCGACGGAUCAAAUGCGACGAGGCCGUCCCAGAAUGCGGCCAGUGUCGAAAGUACGGACGCACCUGUCCAGGCUACCGUCGUGUAUUUCGCUUUCAGGACGAAGGGCCCAAUCUAACAAAGCGCCACAAUUCGGGCCGUCAGACGGCAUCUGUCGUGCGACCUGCUCGCCCCAAGCAGUAUAGGUUCGUUCACGAUGACUCCGCUAUAGCGGCCGAUGUGGUGCGGGAAAAUGCGAUUGCUCUCAUGCGCCAGCAAUCGAUGUAUGGCGGAUGGGACGAGAAAGUCACCCCGUCCCUGGUGCGCAAAUCCUUCCGUGCUGCUCAACCGCAAUUGUUCCUCGAUUAUAUCAGUGCCGCGUUCCCAACCCUCUACUACCACAAUCGCUUCCGAUCAGGUGAUGGCGCAGGCUUUGCGGAAUACAUUAUCAUGAAUUAUGGCCAGGAUUCCUUCAUGGAUUCCGCGAUCUGCUGUUUGACCUCGAUGUACUUGGCUCAUUUGACCAAAGAUCAGGCGCUGGCCAGGUCAAGUCGACAAAUGUAUUCCAAGUCAUUGGGCGAGGUCAUUCGGGCUAUUUCGAACCCUGAACAGGCCAAAUCAGAUAACAUGCUGUGCACAUCUAUCAUUCUGAGCGUCUUUGAGAUGUACGCGAAAACCACACCCGAUGCCUGGGUCAGCCAUUCGGACGGCGCGAAGCGGCUGAUGAUCAGUCGAGGACCCGAAGCACACGAGUCUGGCCUCGGCAGGUUCUGCUGGUAUGCGUUCCGUGGAUUCUUCAUCGCCACCGCGGUCCAUGAGGGCAAGGCCUGCUUUUUAGAUGAGGAGGAAUGGCAAUCAUACGCCGCCAAAGUCAGAGCCGAAGACUGCCAGAAGCCCGGCGAGUGGUCUGCAUAUGCCGAAAUUUCCGAUCUAGCGUAUAUGGAAAUCGCGAAAUGCCCCCGGUACAUCAAGGAGACUCGUGAUUUGCUCGCUAGUUCCACAGACCCAGAUCCAAAUGCUGUGCUCGAUGUUAUGUGUCGCAUUCGAGACACAUCAACCCUAUUGUAUACGCUCAUGAGCGAGCUGCGGUCUUGCAUCACUGCGCACAACGAGCGACAGCAAGGUAUCAUUCAACGACCCGGAUCUUUCGUCGGUCCCGUCCCACCCAUGUUUCCAGACACGGCUCCCUCAUUGCUUCUCAGCGGUGCUGCAAGUAUGCAGGAGACGUUACAACAGUUGUCUGAACGUCUUGAGGAUCGAUUGCGCUUCAACACGGUAGAGGCAUCAUCUCCAGGCUCGGUCGACUCGCCCAGCGACAGUGGCUCAUCUUGCACCUCAUCGUCAAUGAGUGCCAAGAGUGUGCCCCUUCCGUUUCGAAUUCAUUCUGUGCUUGAAAAUGGCCCGGCCAAGAGUGCUGAUCCACAUGAUCCGCGUGCGGUGAUUUGGCUGGACCGCGUAGCCUCUUCGAUGGGUGUGCUGGACACAAGAGUGCUUCCGGGUGAAACGGACGGCUCGGAUGAUACGCGCUCAUCUUUCCAGACGUCAUAA